CUAAUACUCACUAUUUUAUAUUGCAUUAGGCCCAUUUGUAUCAACCUAUCUGUAUUUCUAUCAGAACCUCUGGAAAAACUCGAGAUUUUUCUGAUCAAAUCCAUGGCCGAGCGCAAGAAACUCAUCAUCGACACGGACCCAGGCAUCGAUGACGCCAUGGCGAUUUUCCUGGCUCUGCAGUCGCCGGAAGUUGACGUGAUCGGACUCACCACCAUUUACGGAAAUGUGUACACCACCCUCGCCACCAGAAAUGCUUUGCACCUGUUGGAGAUUGCCGGGCGAACUGAUAUUCCUGUGGCUGAAGGAUCUCAUGUUACCAUCACUAAUGGUACAAAGCUUCGAAUUGCGGAUUUUGUCCAUGGUACGGAUGGACUGGGAAAUCAAAACUUUCCUCCACCCAAAGGGAAGCCAAUUGAGCAGUCAGCUUCUGACUUUCUUGUCCAGCAAGCUAGUCUUUAUCCCGGGAAGGUCACUGUAGUUGCCUUGGGUCCUCUAACAAAUAUUGCACUUGCCAUACAGUCGGAUCCUUCUUUCGUGAAGAAUGUUGGGCAAAUUAUCCUUCUUGGUGGUGCAUUUUCAGUAAAUGGAAAUGUAAAUCCGGCAGCUGAAGCAAAUAUUUUUGGAGAUCCUGAUGCAGCAGACCUUGUUUUCACAAGUGGAGCUGAUAUUCUGGCCAUAGGAAUAAAUGUCACCCAUCAAGUUGUUUUAACUGACGCCAAUCGAAGCAAAUUGGCAGAAUCGACUGGAAAAUUCGCCCAAUAUAUAUGCAAAAUUUUAGAUGUGUACUUCUCUUAUCAUCAUGAUGCCUACAGCACAAAAGGUGUCUAUCUUCACGACCCAACAACUCUACUUGCUGCUGUGGAUCCUUCACUCGUAACCUGUGUUGAAGGCGUUGUUCGUGUUCAGACAGUUGGGAUCACGAGAGGUUUAACAUUGUUCUAUAACAAACAGAAAAGGUUUGGGGAAGUUACUGAGUGGUCGUAUAAACCCACAGUAAAGGUUGCAGUUACCGUUGAUGCUCCUGCAGUGGUCAAACUGGUUAUGGAGAGGCUCAUGCAUUCAUGAAAUUUCGCUCAGUAAAAGAACUUGAAAAUAUAUUUCAACACUCUUUCCUUCCGCUUGUGUUAUCUUUGCAAAUCGAGAAUUUCCGACAGCACUCUGUUUGGGAAUAGGCUUUUGGAGUGAGAAAUCAAUAUCAUAAUUUGUAUGUUCAUCCUCAUUUUAUAAUGUCAAAAAAUGACAUUGAACUAAAAUCCAGCUUUGAUAGCUGUUGAACUUCUUGAUUGUAAUUGUAAAUAGCAUAAUUUGGCAGAUAUUCUGACCUUUUGAUGUGAAAUUUACCCAAUUUUAUUUACAUUGCUCCUGAUGUGAAA